CAAUCUUAGUAUCGAUAUUGUAUCGAGAGAAAAUCGAAUUCCACUCGCCCUCAUCAUCGGAAGUCCUCCGAACACUUCAGUUAUUUUCCACUUAUUGUUUAUCAAAAUCGUUGGUUUUUUGGUUAAUCGAUGUUUUAGAGGAGGUUUUUUCAAUUGUUGAUAUUUUAUUUCGUGAUGAGUGUAACCAGAGGAAAACGAUCGUCUGCGAAACUCAAGACGAUGGGAAAAGAGGACGAAUUCUUAAGUAGAAUAACGAAAUCUCUUUAUUAUUCGAAACUACCGAUGACUGAUAGACUCAGUUUACCAGUAACUGAAUUUGCAGCUGAAUUAUUUUCCGAAGUGAAAAGUGGCUGCACUCUGGAGAGAUUGGACGUCGAGGAGGCGAGUAGAAUCUCCAGGAACGCCUGUGUCUCCCCGUGCUCCUUCGUCCUGGCUCUUCUGUACCUGGAACGUUUAAAAGACUGCAAUCCGGAAUAUCUGUACAAAGUCGCACCAUCCGAACUCUUCCUCGUGUCUCUUAUGAUUGCUAGUAAAUUCCUGAAUGAUGAUGGCGAAGAGGACGAAGUCUUCAACGCCGAAUGGGCACAAUCUGGAGAUUUAACUGUACCACAGAUGAAUAGACUGGAAAAAGAAUUCUUAACAGCAAUCAACUGGGAGAUAUUUAUUUAUAACGAUCAAUUCUGGGAUCGGCUGCGAAAGCUAGAGAAGGAUGUGGCCUACAAGGAGGGGACAAAGAGGGGAUGGUUUUCUUACAGAGAGCUGUCGUGUCUCGUCGAGACGAUACGGAUCACAGCAAUAGUCCAGGCCCUCGUCAGCAUCUCCUCAGUUUGUCUAGCAGCUUAUACAGCAGGUGUUGUAACCCUCCUGGGGUCAGCCCUGAUCGCCAGCCAUGUCCCUGGGACAUCCCUGGCCCCCAAGAGCAUUCCCUUGUCCAUCGAAACCCCAGGAAUUCCCCAAACUCUUCCGAAUCCUUCAGUCGACUUCAACUACUCGAACGUACUUCAAUUCUCUGGUGAUCAGUUCAUCGCAAACUCUACGGCUUCUGAACAUUAUUUCAACAAUUUUGAGGCCCACAAUAACUCCUGGCACUGGUGGAUCCCUCAAUUGAGUAGCUGGCUUGCAGAUUACUCUGGAGAUGACGAGGAUUGCCAGAAGAAAAUAGAUAUCCCAUUGCAAAAUCCGGGGGGAUCUUUUGUUACGAAUUCUCAGGUGCUGAAUCCUGAGCCUCGGAAUGAUUUCGUUACUGAGAUCAACUGGAGGGAGACACUCCAGAGCUUCCAGGGCUCCGUCGUGGCUCCGUCGUGGAAGUAUUAUGUGGGAAUUGUCUCGGAUAUUUCGAUUGGCCAUUGAGACUGAGGGGAUAUCCAUGUAUUUUUUAUCAUGAAAAUGUGAAGAAUAUAUUUUUUCUACUGAUGUAUCCAGCAGAGAUGGGAACAGUGACUAGCACGUAGUUUUGUCUUUAUUUAUCUUGGGAAUAUUUCAAGAUGAUUAUUUGACAGGAAUAAAGUUUUAAUUGAGAAAAUCAA